AUGCAAAGCCUUGCAAACGGAGAUCACUACACUAACGGAGUUGUAGCAUAUAUUACAUUUCCAUUAAUGGUGGUCAUCGGAGGCAUGCUGCUAAUGAACCUCGGCAUAGCGGUACUUUGGGAAGCUUUUGACGCUGCUAAUGCGGUUUCCCUUGCUCGCCCCGCAAUCUUAAAGGAAUCUGAAUGGAGGGUAUACCAACUGCUAGGGACAGACUGGCUUAAGUAUCUCAUGGUAGAGCUGAAUCAGAGCAAAGACAGCGCUGGAGGCUUGAUGCGGUCUGCUCCUUCCGAGGAGACGGAUGGUACAGCAGUAGGUGAAAAUUUUGCUCAGAGUGGAAGGAACACUGGCUGGCUUGUCACUGCAUUGGACCUCUUCACUAGUACGAUGUUCGUGAUCGAGUCAAUAGUGCUACUACUGGCAUUUGGUAGACGAGGAAUGAAGAACGGAUUUAUUUUCCUGGAUGUGCUCAUUGGAGUACUUGCCAUUUUAGAUGGAUUUCUAGCACUUACAUUGUGUUCGACUAUCAUUGGCGAGUUUAUUCAGACUCAGAAGUCUCUGAGCGUGAAAUACGCCGCAAAAUUUAUUGUCACCUGUCGUAACGCGGGAAUCCUCAUGCCUGCGGAAGACGCGCUCCAGGGCCAGAACGCCCAGGCACUCUACACGCAUGCGAACAUGCGCACAAAAGACCAGCGAGACGCGGUUAUAAAGGCUAUCACUAUGGGGUCAGACCGAGGAAAGUCUGCAAAGGCGCUGGGAGAGUUGGCACACAAGACAUCCGUCGUCCUAGAUAUCUGCAAGACAGUUGCAAGGAAAAGAAGCAGGCAAGCCGCAAGGGCCAGUUCUGGCAGCCUAUCCUGGGGAGGAGACAAGAGCCGCAGCAAGAGCAACAGUCUUAUUUCCUUCGCUUCGGAGAAACCUCAGAAAAAGGAGUUAAUUAGUGACACCGCUUUUGACAAGGCUGCUGCCGAACGCGGCCUUCCACAAUUCUUUGACCGAUCGGCAAAUAAUGCGACUGGCAAGACAAAGCGGGUGUCGAGUUCCUUACAAAAGAACAACAAUGGUUAUGGCCCAGCCAACAUACGGCGAGCAGAUGAAUCCACUGCCACUGCCUUGCAAAUUUCGGACAUUGCUAACGGUGGGAAGCUGGGAACAACAUACAAGGCAGCCGUCAAAUUUGCUGCGGAUGACAGCACUGUAGUCUUGCAUGAUGCUUGCGGUGGCUCAAGAAAUCGUUUCACUGCCGACUCAACGAGCAACCCAAUGAAGACGGAACCCAAAUCAAAAGGACUCAAUUCGUUAGCAGAACUAAAUAACAAGUCAGGAUCAACGGUUAGCAUCAACGAUCGCCCUCGUGACGCUGAAGUGCAUCUGCGGCGGCCGGAGUUCCAGCGCCUGCCCAGUUGCAUUCAGUUCGUAAUCGCGAAGUGUCGCGCUGCUGUUGCACACCUUCAGAACGUGUGCGGAAUUACUGGCAUGGAUUGGCUAAGGCUAAUUAUCCAAAUGGCUUCUUUUUUGGAGCUGAUCGUCGACUGUUCCAUGAAAAGGGAAGCGUCUUCCAGGCGAGUCUUUGGUUUUGCAGAACUGGGGUUUCAAAUCACAUUGACGGCGGAUAUCUUUAUACGCUUCAGCGUGAGCGAGAAAUCUGGCUUUUUCCGCUCUUGCUUUAACUGGUUAGACUUAGUGUUUCAAGCUGUAGGGUGGAUGUUCUUAGCAGCCGCGCUUUCGUUGAGCAGGAACGAGGUGAACGCAAAGAUGGUGGAGACCGCUUAUUUCCGAUUUGCUCAAUGCACUCGCGUGGUUCGUUGCAUCUGGAUUCUCCGCCUUUUCAAAGGGACAGGCAUGCACAGAUUGGUCCUUGCAAUGCAGGUGGCCUUACGAAGAAUACUUCGGCUGUCCUUCAUCUUCCUUUUGUUAACCACAUUUUUUGCUCUUAACUUUCGGUUUUUCCUGCAGCCAGUAGCAGGUGCUUCUCCGAAAGUACCUUUGGAGCAUGCCAAUCUCACAAGCCUUGGCGAGAGCUUCCUGAGUGUAUUUAUUCUUACCACCUCUGAAGGCUGGCCAGGCGUCCUUACGGACUUCCUGGAUCUCGGAGAGAGCCACCGCUUGCUAACGAUAUUCCUUUGCAUUCUUGUGGUUGCUUUGCUUAGCGUUUUAGUCGUAAAUUUGUUCGUUGGCAUUAUUGUGGAUGUGCUGGACCAAGAACAGGCCAACUUGGAAUACACUGGGGGAGUCAGGAGCGCAACAGUCCUCCGUUGGAACGAAAUGCAACGAGCUAUUUUCACAUCAAACAUUAUAACCGAGAUAGUGGAACAGCGUGGUGGAGAUAGGCGAGGGGGUGACACGUAUGGCGAAGGACUGGAAGCAAGAGAAUCGCUAAAGCGAAUCAUCACCAGCAAACAGUUCGAUGUAGCAGUGGCAAUAAUUUCCUUUUUGUCGUGUUUGACAAUGUUAGCGGCGGGAGCAUGGGCCGAGAGCGACAUACGGUGGUCCUUUCCCAGCUACCAAAUAUGGAUUUUCUGGAUUAACGCAGUCGUCGUUGUAGUAUUCGUCAUGGAGCAGUGUGUGCGGCUCGCAGUUUUCAAAAUGGCACUUUUUCAGAAGGGCGUCUACAUUGUGGACCUGGCGGUUGCAGGAAGUUCGCUGGUAGCCCUACUUGUGGGUUUGGCGACCUCUUUGCAUACUGCUUUCCCUUCAGAACCUCUCUGGCCCGUUGCCUUUAGGAUGAUUCGGGUUGCGUAUGUGGCUUGCCAUCAUCUUCCCGUAAUGCGUGUGAUUUCUAUCUCAAUGUUUAAUGUGUUUGGCUCCCUCUGCAGGGUUACGUUGUUUUUGUUCAUCACUAUCUUUUUUUAUGGGUUGUUUGGGACAUGUCUGUUCUAUGACGCGCUUGUAGACCCCAAUCAACAUUUUUGCUUUGCGUCGCUUGGGGAAAGCUUUCUGCUGCUCCUAUCUUUCUCAACGGGCGAGGUCUGGCACGACACCGUGCUGAAAAUCCGGGCCCUCUACUGUGAAAGGGACUUGCCACUCCUUGGAUGGUCCAUCUUGCCCUACGCAAUAUCGUUUGUUGCAGUGGCUUUUCUGCUGCUUAUGAAUUUGUUCACGAGUACUGUGCUGAAGGGCUACGUCGAUGCAAAACGAAACCAAUCUCUAUGGAAGGUCGCCCAGCAGCAACAAGAGUUGCUCAAUAAGUGGAAGCUACGGGAGAUGAAGCUAAGCUGGCUCCCGAUCCAUGUAGCUGUACAAGUUUUGGCAGAAGUAUCACCACCCAUAGGCUUCAAGGACCUUUAUGUUGAAUUGGGACCUCGCCGGAUGCAGGCUAUUCUUGCAAAUUUGGCUGUAUAUCCUCUUCCAGUCCACCGAAACAGUGUGCACAUCAGAGACAUGGUGCUUACUACCACGUGCCGCGCCUGCGAGGCUCAUGCUCAGCGUAGAGGACCGCUUUCUGCAUGCGAUGCCUUCCAGAACGAGCAGAAGGUGGAACUGAAUCCACGGCUUGUUAACGCAUGGAUAAGCCGCUUUAGCGAUGCUGAUGUAGCGACGGAAUUCAAUAUCCUCCAAUAUCUCGCGGCGCUCCAAAUUCAAGCAUUCUGGAGGACGCAAAGAUUGCUGCAACGCAAAAGUGUAUCCGACCAGCUAGGAUACAUGAAACACUUAUUAUUUCUUCUCGAAACUUCGGCACCCAUUUGCGCGCGAAGAAAAUCAAGGAAUGAGGGCCGGCGCAGUACUCUUCGUCGCAAACGCGGGACUAAAACAGGAGGGUCGUUUCUCCAGAAGCCCAGUGGCCUAACUCAAUUAGGGACGUUCAAGUUGGCUCCAGAGAAAAGAGAUAGGCUUAAAAGCGUUUUCAAGAACGGAGCAUGCGGGCGUCUGAUCAGGCAUCCAGAGCGAGGGCAAACGGAUUCGACAGUUCCAGUUCAAAUUCAGCGGUCUUCGUUGUCAAACGAAGAACGCCUUGCUCAAGAUGAACAACGGCAACGUCAGAAGUCACUGCUGCACCGCAGUGAGGCAAGCGAAUGCAUCACCGACCUUACAGAGCUGGGAAAGGUGUCAAGUGGGCAUCACCUGCACCUUGAUAGAGAGUCCUCUGUUCAGAGGCAUCCCGGGCAAGGAGAUGAUUCCUCGAGAGCCGAGAGCGUAGAGGAGAGGUCCUCCCCACGUAGGCGCUCCAGCACAAUCGUUCCUGGAGCUCAACAAGAUUCAUCAACGGAUGGUACCGUAGCUGAUAAGGGGGCACGCUUGUCGACGACAAGUGCGGCAGGGCUCCCGCUAAGAUCAACUGUUGCAAUGCACUCUUCUGCAGAAGAAUUUUUUCAAGUCGUGGAACCCAAAACUAUUACAGCGCCAAGGCGAUCAAGCAUGAGGGCCCCAAAGCCGUUCGUGCCUGUGCAGCAACCGCGUAGAAGCCUGCGCAUCAUCCCUGUUACACCGCAGUUGCAGCAAGCAUCCACUUCUAGUGCCGAUCAGGCCGAAGGGAUCGAGCAUCCCAGACGAAAAGGACAGUCCGUACAAUUUACAGGUGUUGAGAAGGUUGAGCUCCAGCAACUUCUAGCGCCAGAGCUAGCUCAACACUGCAGCAGCGAUUCGGUGGACGAUACAGACAGCAACAGCUAA